AUGGAAAAGAAAUAUGUGGAGAAAAAUAGAAGGAAUUAUAUGAAGAAUCUCUGUAAUCAACUUCAUUCCAUGCUCCCUACUACUCAUUCCUCUACUUCCAAUAAGGAUAGUUCUUUUAAAAAAACAACAAUGACAGUGACAGAUCAAAUAGAUGCAGCAGUGAAUUACAUAGAAAACUUGAAAAUGAAUUUGGAGGUGAACAAUAAGCACUUGGAAGAAUUGAAAAUGGGCCUAAAGAGGGCCCAAUCACUCAAUCCAACUAAUGAGCCCCGCCCAAGCACCAAGUCACCACUUCAGAUUGAAUUCCAUCAAAUGGGCCCAAACAUGGUCAUGGUUUUAAUAACUAGCCUUAAUAAUAUAGCCACUUUUAAUAACAUCAUUCGAUUAUGCCAUGAGGAAGGUGUUGAAGUUGUGUCUACAAGCUUUCAACUCAAUGGAAACUCUACACUGCAAAUUUCUCAUGAAACUAAGGUGGAGAUGAUCAACAUAAAUUCAAGAAUGGAAUUUAAAGCUACAACUUUGUAUGAUAAGAUGAAGGAAUUGAUUUAUGGAGCAACUUGCAGCAAUAUUGAUAUGGAAGGUUCCCAAAUACAUUUAUGGGACUAUAUAAUUGAAUUUGAUGAAUUGGAGGUAUUACCAAUUACUCCAAAGUCAAAAUCCAAGUAA